AUGAGCAUUCCCAGUGACCGGCCAGUUACAUCGAAGUCUCGAGGAAUAUGUCGAUACUAUAACACAUCCCGAGGAUGUUAUGCUGGCGACAAAUGUAAGUUUCUGCACGGCGAAGCUGAGCAAUAUACGCCCUUCGACAAGUGCAAGACUUGUCGGUACUACACCGCAGGAUUCUGUCGCAGAGGCACCGACUGUUGGUUUCUUCAUACAGAGCCUCAGACCCGAUCUUCAGCGGUGGCAACAGAGCCAGACGCAGAGGAUGACUUCUGCUGCAUCUGCUAUGAGAAGCCAGUGACAUAUGGUUUACUUGAGGGGUGCAGUCACAUCUUCUGUGUACAGUGCAUUAAGGAAUGGCGCGAUCCCAGUUGCAAGUCUGAAGAUGUCAAUGUUUCAGGAGUCAUCAAGAAGUGCCCUUUCUGCCGCGUCUCCUCCCGUUUCGUUACUCCUUCUAGCCGCUUUUAUCCCGAUGGACACCCUGGUAAGGCUGCAGUUAUCGCCAAAUACAAAGCCAGUAUGGCUCGAGUACCUUGCCGUCACUUCCAGUCGUCUCCGCCGGACGACCGCUUCUGCCCCUUCGGCAAGGAUUGUUUCUAUCAGCACCAGAACGAAGACGGCUCACCAUUCGUUUUCGCGUUUGGUGUUGAUUACUACAUGGAGAUCUACAGGAUUCGGCAGGGGGAUCGAAGAUAUAAUGAACAACGUAGGAACAUGACUCAUCACGAUACGCAUAACUUGGGGAGUAUGCUCGACCACUUCCACGAUAUUAGUGAAACCGUUCUCGCAAUGGGGGCUGCACUGCCAUCGCUUGCGGCGGAUUUUGAUUUCAAUGAUUGGUCGCCAACCCCCAGUUCUGAGAACGAAGAUGACGCUACCGGGACAGUUGUUGACAGGUCGACAAUGGAAACAAUGCAGAGGCUGAUCAAUGCAAUCUUGGAUUUGACGUCACAGACAUAUCGCUUUGGAACGGUUGAUCCCCUGAUCUCGGAAGGCGACACUGAUGACGUUUCUCGUUCGCCUCCUGCGGAUCUGGCUGCCCCACUCUCAUUUCCUGCUGAGCCAUUGGAGCGCAUCACCAGUGUCUCUCCUGCUCCUCUGUCACCGACCCAGGAGUCUGUGGGUCCGUCGACUCCCCCGUCUGCCAGGAGUUCACUGCCAAUCAUAUCAGCUCGUGGUCCGAAUGUAACGUUAGACUCCCGUCCGCGUUUCAGCACUGUUGUCCGUGGCCGUGGACGCUUCGAUGCCGACUUAGCUACAGGUAAUAUCGGCGAUGCCCGUUCUCUUCCAGGUGCUGCUACAGAAGAAACAAGUGAAAUUGUGGCCCGUCGGUUGGAGGACGAUGAAAAAAUUGCCCGGGAGACAGAGAUUGUGCUCAGCGAGACAGAUGACCUGGAGAGAAGAGUGAUAGACGUGCUGGAUAUCGAGACUUUGGGGUCAGGCGGUGUAGUCCAGUUGACGCCGCCUAUGCCUGUGGAGGAACCCAGAGAAGAAGUGAGGAGCUCACCAUCCGAGUUCGAAGCUUUGCAAGAUGCCGACCCUCCUUUCUUGACUGAUGGGCGUGGACGUGUCGUCUGGAGCAGCACGACCGCUGCACGCCACCGUGAGAGUCGCCGCGGACGCCCUGGCACACCGGCAUCGGCGCCGUUGCAGCACAAGGCUGGCGAACCUAUACGCGCUGCUGUUGAGGAAGGGAGCGUCUUAGAGAGACGUUCUAGCCGCGCUCGUCUUUUGACGCGUUCCUACACUGCACCUGAAGGUGUUGAAGAGCACUCCGCGGACGAGGAGAGGCGCAAGGGUUGCAUCACCGAUGGUGGCGGACGGGUCACUUCGGCCGGUUCUGUGCAAGACGGAGAGACGUAUAGUACGGCCCAUUCCUGUCAAGCUGCAGAGGCCGCGGAGGUGAGGGAAGGUUCUGGAGUGGAAGCUUUUCAGAAUGAAGACAAGGUCUCGUCUGUUGCCGCCUCUGAAACGUCUGACAGUCCACCCGCUUGUUUGGAUGCUGUCGCUCUGCUUUGA